GCAUUGAGCUAAUUAUCGGUUGACGCCCAUCGCUAGUACAUAAAAAAGUUUGUGCUUCGUAUUUUCCCGUUUUUGCAAUAUUUUCGCUUAUUUUUGGUGACAAAACGAUAAUUACACCCAAGGCCAGCCAGUGCACGGUGCUCGGCGUGAAAAGUGCCACAAAGAAAGCAGCAAACGAAGAGUUAUAGCCAAAGAAACCAACAACAACGCACAUAUAGCUACCCGUGCGUCUGUGUAUGUGCGUUGUGUGUGUGUUUUUUUUUUGUUUAUUUGGCAAAGUUGGCCUACGUGAUUAAAAUAAGCGCAAGUGAACUAACAGUGAAAUGGUGGCUAAAACGAGCUGCGCGCCGUAAUUCGCGAUAUAAUAUUGAUAGCCACAAUCUCUCAAGAGCGCGUGUGUGUGCGGGGCGUAGGUGGAACGAGAAGAAAGGAGCACUCAAGGUUAAAAUCGGUUCGGUCGUCGCCUCUGGUUCUCCCCGCAAAAUGCUAUGAGCAGGGGUCGCGGAAAGGUCAGGGCGCGGGAUUCUGAGACGGAAUCAGCCAUGGACACACCCCGCUGUUCCAUCUGCGGCACCCAGCAGCAGCUGUUGCGCUGCGCCAAAUGCAAGGCCGUCUACUACUGUUCCCCCGCCCAUCAGCACCUGGACUGGCCCACCCACCGGGCGGAGUGUCGACUCCUGGCUCGCCAAAAGGCCGCCGCCGGCAAUAACAACAAAUCGCAGCAGCACCAACAGCAAAGACAGCAGCUGCAGCAACUACAGCAAGCGGUGGCAGCGGCUAACUUGGAUGGCAAUGGCGCUGGCGCCAACUGUUCCACCGCCCAGAUGAUGACGCCCGCCCAUCAGGCCCAGAGCUGGCCAGUCGAGGUGGACAAUCUGUUGAAUCUCCUCGGGCAGCCGGGACAAGCCCCAGCGGCUACAGCGGAAGCGGCCCAAAUGCCGCAACAUCAUCAGCAACAGCACCAACACCAUCACCAUCAUCACCAUCAGGGCGAAAAGAGCUCCAGCUAUCAAAUCGGAUUUGCGGACUCCAGCUUCAUGGGAUCAGGAAGCGAACGACGCUAUGAGGAUUUGUGUAGAAACAUUAUCAGCGAUAUGAACCAGUAUGGACUGUCUGUGGUGGACGACUUUCUGGGCAUGGAGACUGGUCUGAAAAUCCUCAAUGAGGUUCGGAGCAUGUACAACGCCGGUGCCUUCCAAGACGGUCAGCUGGUGCAGAAUCAGACGCCGGAUGUCCCCUCAUCGGCGGUGCGAGGCGACAAGAUUCGCGGGGACAAAAUCAAAUGGGUUGGAGGCAAUGAGCCGGGCUGCAGCAAUGUGUGGUAUCUGACCAAUCAGAUUGACUCUGUGGUGUAUCGGGUCAACACAAUGAAGGACAAUGGCAUUCUAGGCAACUAUCACAUUAGGGAACGCACGAGGGCUAUGGUUGCCUGCUACCCUGGAUCGGGUACACACUAUGUCAUGCAUGUGGACAAUCCCAAAAAGGAUGGGCGCGUCAUUACGGCCAUCUACUACCUGAACAUUAACUGGGAUGCUCGGGAAAGUGGAGGCAUACUCCGCAUUCGACCCACGCCUGGAACUACAGUGGCGGAUAUUGAACCGAAAUUCGACCGGCUGAUAUUCUUCUGGUCGGACAUCCGCAACCCGCACGAAGUUCAGCCCGCUCAUCGCACCCGCUAUGCCAUCACCGUCUGGUACUUUGAUGCGAAGGAGCGCGAGGAAGCCCUGAAUCGGGCGAAGCUGGAGAAUAGCAAGACGAACAAUGUGGCGGCUCAGGCGCAAGCCCAGCAGGCUGAGCCCGACUCCACCACCACCCCGCCCACAACAACCACAACAGCAGCAGCAGCAGCCACCACCCCUUCAUCCAGUCUGCCGGCCAGCAUGUCAACGGGCACGGGAGCCCUAAAUGCAAAUGUGUCGAGCAAUUCCUGCGCCGCCAGCAGUGAAAUAUGCACGUAACCCUUGCUGGCAGCGCAGCGGAAGGGCAACCAAAUAGUGUAAAUUACUUCCAACCAAACAAACACACAUGUAAAAAGCUAGUUAAAAAUAAUUUAUACCGCGGUCGGGGCCACAAACGGCCCGAGCCGAAAUCGCAAAGUGAAUCAAAGCUCCUUUAGUCGCUAAGCCUUCUAGUUGUAUUCUCUAAGUCGUAUCCUUAGUUAUUCUCGCAUUAACCCCUAGCUUACUGCCUUGUCAGCGUCCGAGUUGAUUGUUUAUUAAUUUUUAGUUUGUUGCAUCUUUGUCAGGACCCUUUGCCUAGCUCAUUCUUAGUUCUUUUGGCUGCCAAAGUAUUAUACCUAACGAGCAGUGAUCGAUCCUGCUUCCAUAAUCAUAGCAACAGUAGUCGCGACCCUCAUUGUAUUCUAUCUCAAAAUUAUUUAACAAGCCAGCGGCAGCUGGCACACCACUCAAUUUGUAGACUCUCAUGCAUCUAGUUAGAAACACACAUUUUGAUAUCGUUUACAUCUGAAAACAAGCGAAAAUAUAUACACAUGUCUAUCG